AUGGCACUGAGUACAGACAAGUUAUCUCGCCCCUCAUCGUUAGGGACCGAACAGUCGACCAAUGGGAGCCUACAGAAUGGACAUCGCAGCGAAACACGGUCCGAGACUCAGACUGCUACUAAGCAGGACUUUGCCGACCUGGCAUGGGCAGACAGCAGCGAAGCGAGCAACGAAUUUCGUUCAGAUAUCUUUACCAGGCCGACAUUGCCCAUGCUGGAGGCGAUUAUCCAUACGACACUCGGAGACUGCACAGCAGACGCGGAUCAGACCACUCUUUCGUUCCAGGAGUAUAUUGCCGACUUGGUAGGGCACGAAUCUGCGCUGCUCGUCAUGUCCGGAACCAUGGGAAACCAGGUCGCCCUUCGAACUGCGCUUAAGAGCCCGCCUCAUGCCGUCCUCGCGGACCAUCGCGGGCACAUCGCCACACUAGAAGGCGGAGGCGUGACGAGCGUCUGCGGUGCCAUGAUACAACUCAUUGUCCCAUCCAAUGGCCAUCACCUCACCCUAGACGACAUCAAGGAGCAAAGCAUCAUAAGGGAGACGGUAUUCGACUGCCCUACCAGAAUCAUCAGUCUAGAGAACACGCUCUGCGGCACCAUUAUGCCCAUGGCUGACAUGCGGGCCAUCUCAGCCUGGGCCCGCGCCCAGGAUCCGCCCAUUCAUAUGCACCUCGACGGCGCUCGGCUCUGGGAGGCGGUCGCCGCGGGAGCUUUCACGCUGCGCGAUGUCGGGGCAUGCUUUGACAGCAUCCAGAUGUGCCUGACAAAGGGCCUCGGCGCGCCACUCGGCAGCGUGGUGACGGGGAGCUCGUCGUUUAUCAGGCGCGCGAAAUGGAGCCGGCACCUGUUUGGAGGCGGCAUCCGCUCCUCUGGCAUUAUUACCGCGCCGGCAAGGGUGGCGAUUCAUCAGGUGUUUAUGGGGAGAAAGCUACUCUGGGCGCACGACAAAGCGAGGCGGGCGGCGGACCUCUGGCAGAGCCUGGGGGGGAAGCUGAGCAUGCCGACGGAGACGAAUAUGGUAUGGUUGGAUCUGCCCGCGUCUGACGUCGACCGCGAGACGUUUUAUGCGGCGGGUCGCGAACAGAAUCUAAAGAUAUCGAACAGCAUGUUUGUUGGACGGCUGGUGUUCCACUACCAAGUCAGUGAUUCUGCGUUUGCCAGACUCUGCGACGUGUUUCGGACUGUUCUAGAUAGCAAGGCGGCUCAUGAAAGUAGCGGUGAGUAA